AUGCCUCCAACGUUUUGUCCAUACUGCUGUAAUUGCCUCACGAUCGCACGAUCAGAAGGGGAUGCACAGAAUCCUCAAGGCGUAAACGCUUUUACCUGCCGUACCUGCCCGUAUCAGUUCAAGUUGGAUCAGCCAUAUUAUGAGCGCACAUACAUGAAGAAAAAGCAGAAGGAUGACAUUAUGGGCGAAGAGGAAUCAGAUCUACCCAUCAAUGAAGUCCCAGGAGGCUGUCCAAACGAGGAGUGUACUUCCAAGCAGGCUUACUUCUACCAACUCCAAACGAGAAGUGCAGAUGAGCCGCCUACAUCGUUCUUCAAGUGCGUCGAAUGCAGUAAACAAUGGAGAGAAUACUGA